GGUGACAAGGCAUACCAUGUCAAUCAUGGAAUUUUUAUAUCCAACCUUGUAAACUUGUAAAUUAUUCUAUUCCUGCCAGCCUAAAUACUCCCACCAAACACCAUACAAACUUCUUCUUCUUCUUCUUGUUGCUGCAUAUGAUCAAUGGCUUCAGCAAGCUUUUCUUAUCAUCAACUCAUAGUUCAAAAUUAUGGUCCAUUUAUAAAGCCUAGAAGCAAAGCUAAGAUGUUUAAGCAUACUCAGCUUCCACUCAAGAAAUCUCCUUCUCUUCAAGUCAGAUCAUCUUUCAAAGACAAGGUGUUUGAGAAUCAAUCUGAGGGGAUAAUCUGUUACAGAGAUGAAAUUAGCGGAGAGAUCAUUUGUGAGGGAUUAGAUGAAGGCCCUCGGUUCCAUCAACAUCUUCCAAGAACAGCAUACCCUUCAAGGGAUGCAGAGAUUAUCAAUCUGCUUCAACAAAGAUUGCUUCAAGUUGUUAAUGGUGGUGAGCUUAAAAAGGCUGACAAUGGAGUUGCUGCUGUGCAAGAGGACUUCAAAUGGAAUGGCUUCAACAAAUUCUAUUGAUCAAUGACUAACUCAAAUCAAUUUCAUCUGUGUACUUCAAAUGUAAAUGCUAAGUAUGAAAGCCUUUUAUCUGUCUUUGGUUGUAAAAUAAUUCAGGUUCUUUUCUUUUCCUCCCAA